AUGGAGAGUAAAAGCAGAAACUCAUAUGAUUGUCUGCUGAUAUCUGUUUUUCCAGGAGCUCGUUCAGUUGGGUGUUGGUUUCAUCAUAAUCAAGCUGUUUGGAAAAAAAUGCAUAAAUUGGGUUAUUUACACUAUGUUAAUCGCAACGACAAUGCAUUAAAAACAUUGAGAUUAUUGUUAUGCCUACCAUUAUUGCCUGUCCAAGACAUGGAUGCGGGAUUUAGAUUAAUUCGAGCUUUUGCAGUAAAUCAUAGGGUACAUCUGGAAAGAUUGUUUAGUUAUUACGAAAGAUAUUGGUUACAAAAUAUUGGGCCAGACAUUGUGUCAGUAUAUGGUUUACCACGACGGACCAACAAUAAUAUAGAGAGUUUCCAUAAUGCCUUAAAAUUGAAAUUCGCAGUCUCACAUCCAAGUUUAUGGGUAUUUUUAGUUAAGCAAACUAUUUUAAUUGUUAAUUUUAAUAUAAAUCAGCUAGAUAACAACUUGCGUCCCACUAGGUAUUUGAGAACCAAAUUUUUGGCCAAUAGUAGACGAAUUAAAAAUGCUUCAGAGCAGUAUGAUUUCAACAUGGCAAUUCCUUCAAAUCUGCUCACAUGUUACUGGAGCAUAUGA